AUGGAGAACGAGGGUUUGGACUUUGGCGAUUCGCCUACUGCGGGUUUCGAGGGCGGGCUAUCACCAAUCGAACAGGCCGAUUCCCAAGCUGGAAACGACGCAGAUGCUGCAGGAGAGCAAGAUCUGAAUGUACCUGGCGCAGCAAAAUCGUCCCGAUCACCAUCCAAGCUUUCACAAUCCACGCCCGCCCCCUUAUCAGAUAAUCCUCUUGAUGCCCCUGAUGCUCCACGAAACGCAGAUGCUGAUGCAGAUAAGGAAGAUGAGGAAAUGGGAGAUGCCAGGAGUCCCGAUAAAGAUGGUGAAGGAGAAGGUGGCUCUCCCAGACCAACCGACGGUCAGGAGCAAUCGAAAGCUUCCAUAGAAGCGUCGGCGCGUGCUCAUCUUGCGACGCAGCGCUUUACAGUCAUCAUCCCAAGUUACAGUGCCUGGUUUGAUAUGAACACAAUACACUCUACGGAAACGAAAAGCCUACCAGAAUUCUUCAACAGCCGGAAUCGCAGCAAGACACCGGGUGUUUACAAAGAUUAUCGCGACUUCAUGAUCAAUACGUACCGCCUGAAUCCUUCGGAAUAUCUUACUGUGACUGCUUGCCGAAGGAAUCUUGCUGGGGAUGUCUGUGCGAUAAUGCGUGUUCACGCAUUCCUUGAACAGUGGGGCCUGAUCAAUUAUCAAGUUGAUUCUGACUCGCGGCCGUCAGCGAUAGGACCACCCUUCACUGGUCAUUUUAGAGUAAUCGGAGACACGCCUCGUGGACUGCAAACUUUUCAGCCAUCACCCGAAGUUAAGAGGGAGCCUGGCAGACCGUUCGAACCCACUGAGAAUGCUAUUUCAAAAGCUUACAAGGGUGCCACAGAUCAGGAGAGGGUUGAUUUCAAUCUUGAGAUUGGCCGGAAUAUCUACGACCACAAGGGAAGAGAUCUCACAGCCGCCUUGAAAGAGAAACCUCAGACAAAUGGUGAAAAUGGUAUCAUCAAUGGAAUAACCGAGGGGGACUCGACGAGCAAAGCUUUGGAGGAGAUUACGAAGGAGAACGAGAAGAGAACCGUGUAUUGCAGAUCUUGUGCUAUCGAAUGCACUAAAGGGUACUUUCAUUACGCAAAAGCCAUACCUAAAGAGGCAAAAUUGGAGUCACUUGAUGUUUGCGCUCCUUGUCUCUGGGAUCAGAGAAUCUCGGAUCGCACUAACCAAAGCGAUUUCGUCUGGAUGGAAGAUAAGAACGAACGUAUACCCGAAAAAGACGCGCCAUGGACAGAUGCCGAAUUGCUCCUGCUACUGGAGGCCUUGGAACGUUUCGAUGAAAAUUGGAAUCAAAUUGCGGAUUAUGUUGGCACAAGAACACGUGAAGAAUGCGUUCUUAAGUUCUUGCAGUUGGAGAUCGAAGAUAAAUACCUGGAGCCGGAGACUAAUGGCCCCAGCUAUGGCGCUCUGGACCAAGGGCGCGUGCCGUUCUCACAAUCCGACAAUCCUGUACUCUCAGUCCUUGGCUACCUGGCUAGCCUUAGUGAACCAUCUGUCGCAGCUGCAGCGGCAGGACGAUCCAUAGACGAAGUGACUAAGUUCCGUCGGAAACGAUUGGAGAAUGGUCAAGGUGGUGACCCUCAAGACAAAGUCUCUAGAGCUGAAGAUUCCAUGGAGGUUGAUGGUGGUGCGAGCCCUGCCGUCAAUCGACUAACCGAGAGCGAUCGACCUUCUCCCCGUGACAUGAUGCGCGACGUUGCCAAUACUACUUUCGCGACGGCUGCAGCUCGCGCCGCAGCUCUGGCUUCAAAUGAGGAGCGGGAAUUGACACGGCUUGUGUCUGCCACCGUCAAUGUUCAAUUUGAGAAGUUGGAAUUGAAAUUAAAACAGUUUUCGGAGAUGGAGAAGGCAUUGCAGGCUGAGAGGAGAGAGCUUGAAAGGGGCAGGCAGCAACUGUUCCUUGACAGACUCAUUUUCAGAAAGCGAGUGUUGGAGACUCAAGAAGCGCUGAAGAACACGAGCCCGAACGGAGGUGACGACGGGGCUGCGACAAAGGGAGAUAUUGGCUUAGCGAACGAAAGCGGCGACAAGUUGGGUUUUGUAAGGGAGGGGGCGCAGAGUGGAGGACUUGAGCCCCCUGCGGCUGGUGCAAACUAUGAGAUCUAG